AUGGCAACGCUAACUCAAACUUCUGUGUCGGACAGAUUCCAGUCACAUGUCGCAUUCGACAACCUGCCGCUGGGCGAGGCAACUAAGAACAACACGCUCUCGCUGACGCUCGAUGUCCGACACAAGGGUUACCAGGCGCAACGACGAUCGCGCACCUUCAUGGUAGGCGUCGACGAACACGCCUAUUCCGAUUAUGCGUUGCAAUGGCUGCUCGACGAGCUUGUUGACGAUGGAGACGAAGUUGUGUGCGUACGCGUGAUCGAGAAGGAGCUCCGAGCUGCCGACACCAACAAGGCCUAUCAAGACGAGGCGCAAAAGGUCAUGGACAGCAUCGUUCAGCGCAAUGGCCUCAACCGCGCCAUCAGAAUCGUGCUGGAGUAUGCGAGCGGCAAGCUACACGCAACGUUUCAGCGACUAAUCCAAAUCCACCAACCUGCUAUGCUCAUCGUAGGUACGAGAGGAAGAUCGCUGGGUGGCCUACAGGGCUUGGUCAACACGCGCAACUCCUUCUCGAAAUAUUGUCUGCAGUAUUCGCCCGUCCCCGUUGUCGUGGUCCGACCAACGGAGAAGCGGGAGAAGAAGAAAUCUAAGAGGCAGAACGACUCGGAACGUCAGACGUACGUGCGCAUGCUGUCAGCGACUGGCGGCAAGCAUGAGGCCGACAGCGAGAGGAGCAGCAUGUACAAUGUGGAAGUUCGCAACACCGCCGACGAAGAGGCCCAUCAGGUCGCCAAAGCCCUGGGGCUGCCGGCAGCCUUCGACCCAACCAUCAAGCCGGUCGAUCUUAACGCUUUCCUGCAUCCCAGGCACCAGUCAAUCCCAUCCGGCCUCUCGCAAUCGAGCACAGCGGAUCCCGGCGGAUCCUCUGCACCGGCCAGCGCCGCCGGUGACAGCGACGAAGACGAAGACGACGAUGAUGACGAAUUCGAGGUCUUCACGGGCGAACAAGCCAUCAACUCUUCGCAGAUGGAUAAGCUCCAUAAGAUGGAGGCCAACGAGGCGGCGGCUCUUAAGCAGAACCGGAAGUCGAGCCUCGACUCUAGUGCCAGCGGGGCGGACGACGACGAUGUGGAGUCAAAGGUGUCUCGAAAUAGCAGCAACAGCUGA